UUCAGCGCCGACAAAAUGCAGGAAGACGCCGAGGCUAAAACGCAACAAUUGCAAAAUUUUCAAUCGGAUGAUUUGCUGGAAAAGCUCAAAUUGCUCAACUAUGAGAAGCAUCUGCUGAGGGAAUACAAAUUGAAGCCCUUGUCGCGUUUCUAUUUCGUCAAGGCCACAAAUCCUGGCGAGCAGUUCUUCAUGUUUACGUUGAUUUGCUGGUGGCUGUGCAAGAAACUGGGCAAGGACAUGGAACGGCCACAGGAGCACGAUGAUCCCAAUACGGUUAUAGCCAAGAUCAUACAAAUACUCGAGGAAAUUGAUGUGCCCGUGGAAUUUGCACCCAACAAGCUCAUACGUGGCGCCGGUCCCAUCUGCCUCAUGGUGCUCGACGUGCUGGCCACCCAGGCGCUGAAGGUGACCAAGGUGAACUAUCAGCGCCUGCACAUUGUGCAGGAGGAGGAGUUCGUGGGCGACUAUUUGGAGGACAAUGCCGAAAUCAUACUGGAGAAGCUGGAGGAUGAGCAAAACGCCGCCGCUCUCAGCGACGACAGCGAUCUCGAGCUGGAGGCGCACAAUUUCAAGCAGCUCAAUUGGCUCAAUCGCCAGAAGCGUGCCAUGGGCGAUAUGCCGGCGUCGAGCGUCGCGACGGACGAGCAAAGCCGUGAGCUGAACGCCCGGCUCAGCGACCAUCAGGAGUGGCGUUUGGAGCUGGAGCGCGUGCUGCAGCAGCUCAAGGUGUUUGUCAAGGCGGAUGCCCGCGACUGGCGCACCCACAUCAGCCAAAUGGAGAGCCUCAACACGGGCAUCGCCAAUGUGGCCGAGCCUACGCAGACGCAGCUCAAGAAACUCCACAGCGAGUUCACCUUCAGCCUGGAGAAGAUCGAGAGCCGUGAGAAACAUUUGAACAACGAGCUCCAGCAGCUCAUCCAGCAAUACAAGGAGCUGUCCAUUGAGCUAUCCACCGUUCAGUACGCUCAGACGCAGCUCCAAGCGGACUCCGAGCAGCAAAUGACGCAGCUCAGCGAGGUGAUGGCCGAGCAGGAGCUCAAGAAACAGGAAAUGGAGCGACGCGGUCAGGUUAUGUCCGAUGGAAGCUCCGUUCAGCAGAUCAAGAAGGCGAUUGUCAAGCUCAAGGAUGACAUUGCGCAACUGAAUCUGGAGGUGGCACUGCUGGUGCAUGCCUACGACCAGGACACAGUGCGUCAAACGCUCGGCGCUGCUGACCAGACAAACAACUGAUAGGACAGGCAGGAGUCUAUAACAAUGUAUAUUUAGCAUAUGAAUGCGAUUCCGGUGCCCGGUCAUAUUUCACACUUGGCCAUGGGUGCGAGUUGUUGUUGUUUCUGUUGUUGUUGGCCUUGUUUUUACACCGAUCGAUGCCUAUCACAAUCAGUUCAGGUGAGCGCAGUGGAUGGGGGAGGGGGUAGGACCACCGGCGUUGCUCCGCCCCGUCGACGAGCGUUUGAUUUGAUUGCCGCUCUGCUGAUAAGCUUCGUAAUUGGUUGCUAAGCCAAUAGGGCGGUCAAUUAUCACCUCUUUGUUAUCUCCACUUCACACGCACACACACACGCACACACAGAUGCACACACAGGCACAUGGACACGCGUGUCCUGCGCGCUGAUCAGAUAAGCAGCCACGUCGCACUAUCGUCCGCGUAGAUGAGAAGACGCCGCUUCGGCCGCGACUACCACAUAACCGAAGCCAACCCAACCCAACCAAACCCAACCUAACCGAACCUAACCAAACCGAUCCGUAACCAAAACCAAAACCAAAACCAAAACCAAAGCAAACCUAAGACGCAACCGCGAAACCCCGGGCUGGCCGUAGGUGUUGCUACCCCCGACCCUGUCUCUCCCUCUGCCCGCUACCUCUCCCUUUACGCUGCCUGCCGCGCACGCGCAAACGCUUUGUUUGCCCACUUGGCCCGGCUUAUCAGCCCAAUGUGCAAUGCCCAAUCCCCGAUGCCCAAUUGCCAGGUCCAGGCUGUGAUCCCGAUGCGCAACUUGUUGUGAUUUUCGCUGCGGCUUGCCAAAGGUGCUAAAAGGUUUUCCCAAAAACCAAAAGGAAGCAAAACAAAACAGCGUGGAAACAGCCAAGGAAAAUUCUUUGCACGCGUGCAGGUUUUUCCAUCCUUGAAAUAACCGUAUGUAAGCCAAUAGACCAUCAAAUAAACUCUAUGUUAAAUGCUGCAUCUUAUACUUAUAUAUA